AUCUCCUCGAUAUAGUGAAACUGGCUCUCUCUCGCCCGUGGACGUAGCUAACACACAUCGUGUUAGUGAACCACGUAAAUCGUGUGUCUGUGUUUUCGAUUCUCGCUUUCGCAUUCUUGCUUUGUCGAUUCCGGCUAUUUCCCGAUCCGUAGCAGCGCGUUUAUAACAAGUGGUAUCAGAGCCGCGGCUGGAAAUCAGGCUAGGGUUUUCGAUUCAGAAGAAUGACGUCGGUGAACAUGAAGAUCGAAAAGUUCACGGGGAAGAACAGCUUCGCUAUAUGGCAGAUCAAGAUGCAGGCUUUAUUAAAACAGCAAGGGCUGUGGGGGGCGCUGUCUGCGAAACAGAAGAAGGCAGCGGUCGAUGACGAUGAGUGGAAUACCCUGGAGGAGAAGGCCCACUCGACCAUCAUGCUAUCGUUGUCUGAUGAUGUCAUCAUUGAAGUCGCUGCUGAGAAGACUGCCGCGGGCUUGUGGUUGAAACUAGAGAGUCUGUACAUGACUAAGUCUCUAACCAACAAGCUGCAUCUCAAGCAACAGUUGUUCAGCUUGAGGAUGCAAGAAGGUACGCCUUUGAGGGAACAUCUCGAACAGCUUAACUCUAUUUUGCUGGAUUUGCGUAAUAUAGAUGUUCAAGUUGAUGACGAGGAUGCUGCCCUAAUCCUGCUGGUUUCUUUGCCGAGUUCAUAUGAGAAUUUCGUUGAUUCUUUUAUUGCUGGUAAAGAAAGCGUGUCUUUGGAGGAUGUCAGGUCUGCUCUUCAUACGAGAGAGAUCAGACAUAAGGCGUCCGGAUCUGGUACAGGUGGUGAGGCAUCGGGUUUGGCUGUUACAGGUGGAAAGGGAAAGAAGAAAUCUGGUAAAGGGAAUUCGAACAAGAAUUCCAAGGGUCCCGGUCCACAGCCAGGUGAUGCUUGCCAUAACUGUAAGGAAGUGGGGCAUUGGAAGUACAACUGUCCCAAGAGAAGAGGGCAACAGAAGAAACAAGGUUCAGUUGCCGUGGCAGAAGUGGACAACAGUUCUGAAGACGAUCUCGCCUUGGCUGUAGAUGAGAAGGCACAUCGUGGGGAUGUGUGGUUUCUGGAUACUGCAGCCUCAUACCAUAUGUCUCCGAACAGGAAUUGCUUCACAACCUACGAGCAGAUAGAUGGUGGUAACGUGGUCAUGGCAAAUGGAGCUGUCUGCAAGGUUGUUGGAAUCGGGUCCAUAAAGGUUCGGACACAUGAUGGUUCGUUCUGUACCGUGAAUGAUGUCAGGCAUGUUCCACGAAUGACAAAGAAUCUGAUCUCCUUGAGUCUACUCGACAGCAAGGGUUUCAGUUUCAAAGGAAAAGGUGGAGUUGUGUAUGUCUGCAAAGGUUCAAGGAUGGUGCUGAAGGGCGUGAAGCGUGGGACCUUGUAUGCAUUACAAGGGUCUGUGUUGUCUGGUUUUGCUGCAGUUGCAUCGUCUCAGGUUCAACAGGAAGAUAUGACCAAUCUCUGGCACAUGAGACUGGGGCAUAUGAGUGAACGGGGGAUGCAAGUUCUGUCGAAGAGGGAUCUUCUUUGCGGGCACAAGAUGCAGAAUUUGGAAUUCUGCGAGCAUUGUGUGUUUGGGAAGCUACAUCGCAGCAAGUUUCCCAAGAAGGGUAUCCACCGGACGAAGGGGAUACUGGAUUACCUCCACUCCGACUGUUGGGGUCCUUCACGAGUUGAAUCCAUUGGAGGCAGCAGGUAUUUUCUGUCUAUUAUUGAUGAUUAUUCGAGAUUUACUUGGAUUUUCAUGAUGAAGCAGAAAAGUGAGGCUUUCACGAAGUUCAAGCAGUGGAAGACAUUGGUGGAGAAUCAGACCGGGAAGAAGAUCAAGAAGCUGCGAACGGACAAUGGUCUGGAGUUCUGUAAUUCUGAGUUCAACGAAUUCUGCAAGGAUGAAGGGAUUGCCCGUCAUCGGACUGUGAGAGAUACACCCCAGCAGAAUGGCGUUGCAGAAAGGAUGAACCAGACAUUGUUGGAGAGAGCACGGUGCAUGCUCUCUAAUGCUGGACUAGAGAGAAGAUUCUGGGCAGAAGCAGUGAACAUGGCGUGCUUCCUGAUCAACUGUGGACCUCACAUAGGUAUUGAGUUGAAGACUCCUUAUGAGGUGUGGUAUGGUAAGCCUGCUGAUUACUCUUCACUGAAAGUUUUUGGGUGUCCUGUUUAUUAUCAUGUGGAUGAGGGUAAACUGAACCCAAGGGCAAAGAAGGGUGUAUUUGUGGGUUACGGAGAUGGAGUUAAGGGAUUUCGAGUCUGGUCACCUUCUGAGCGUCGAGUUAUACUCAGUAGAAAUGUGAUAUUUGAUGAGAAGUCUAUGUUUAACCCCAUGUUGAAGGUUACUGUUGUUGAAGGUAGCAGGAAUGUUGAUAAGCAGGUGGAGCUGCAAACUCUCAAUGAGAGUGAGUUUGAGCACCAAGGUGGAGAAGAUCAACAUGAUGAGGAUGUCUCUGCAGAGCCAGAAACUUCAGAGUCCAGUGCACGAGCUCAACAGUCUAUUGCUUCCAGUAGACAGAAGAGAGCGACUGCAGGAGUACCUCCACAGAGGUAUGGCUUCGAGGACAUGGUGGCGUAUUCAUUUCAGGUUGCUGAAGAAGUGGAUGCAGGAGAGCCACAGUCCUACAGAGAAGCAGUUUCGGGUGGUGAAGCUGAUCAGUGGCUUGCCGCAAUGGGAGAUGAGAUGGAAUCCCAUGACAGGAAUCAGACUUGGGAGCUAGUCAAACGACCACAGGGAAGGAAGAUUGUUACAAACAAGUGGAUCUACAAGAAGAAGGAAGGAAUCACUUCUAAAGAGGGCAUGAAAUUUAAAGCUCGGGUGGUUGCACGAGGCUUCUCGCAGAGGGAAGGAGUUGACUACAAUGAGAUUUUCUCACCAGUGGUCAGACAUACUUCGAUCAGAGUGCUACUAGCAAUAGUGGCACAUUAUGACUUGGAGCUCGAGCAGCUAGACGUGAAGACAGCUUUCCUACAUGGAGAGUUGGAGGAAGAAAUUUACAUGACUCAGCCAGAAGGAUUCGAGGUUCCGGGAAAAGAAGACUAUGUUUGUAAGCUGAAGAAGUCCUUGUAUGGACUUAAGCAGUCUCCGAGGCAGUGGUACAAGAGGUUUGAUAGUUAUAUGCUUGAGCUGGGCUAUAGCAGAAGUCCAUAUGAUUGUUGUGUGUAUCACAACAAGGUGGAGGAUGGUUCGAUGAUCUAUCUUGUUCUGUAUGUGGAUGAUAUGCUCAUAGCUGCGAGGUCAAAGUCUGAUAUCCAGAAGUUAAAGGGGCUUCUCAGUGCUGAGUUUGAGAUGAAGGAUUUGGGAGCUGCUCAGAAGAUCUUGGGUAUGGAGAUUUACAGGGACAGGUCGAAGAAGAAGCUUUUCUUGUCACAGAAGAGCUACAUCCAGAAGAUACUGUCGAGGUUUGACAUGUCUUCAGCAAAGCCCUUAAAUACUCCUAGUGCUUCAAAUGUUCAUCUAUCCUCAGCUUAUGCACCACAGUCGGAGGCUGAGAAGGAGUACAUGUCGAGAGUCCCAUAUGCUAGUGCAAUAGGUAGCUUGAUGUACGCUAUGGUAUGCACUAGACCUGAUCUUGCACAUGCUGUUAGUGUUGUCAGCAGGUUUAUGAUACAACCUGGGAAGGAGCAUUGGCAGGCUGUGAAGAGGAUCUUCCGGUACCUUAAGGGUACACCUGAUGUGGGGAUUAGCUUCGGAAGUGAUACAGAGUGCUUGGUGUCUGGGUAUUCUGACUCGGACUAUGCUGGAGAUGUUGACACGAGGAGAUCGAUGACCGGUUAUGUAUUCACUCUUGGGAGUUCUGUAGUGAGCUGGAAGGCAACUUUGCAGUCGGCGGUGACAUUGUCUACUACUGAGGCAGAGUAUAUGGCGUUGACAGAAGCUGCUAAGGAGGGAAUAUGGUUGAAGGGACUGGUUGGUGAUCUUGGUCUACAUCAUGAUCAGGCAGUGGUGUAUUGCGACAGUUUGAGUGCAAUAUGCUUGGCCAAGGAUCAAGUCCACCAUGAGAGGACUAAGCACAUCGACGUGAGGUAUCAUUUCUUGAGGACAGAGAAGAGGAUUAAGGUGAAGAAGGUUGGCACCGCGGAUAAUCCUGCUGAUAUGUUCACGAAGCCGGUUCCACAUGGCAAGUUCCAACACUGCUUGGACUUGCUGAAUGUCUUGAGUGGGUGACUCCGCCCUGCGGAGCAUUGAUGGCGGGAGAGAGAUAGAAGGAGCAGAGUACAUCAGAGAUUUCAGAGGAAGAGGAUUCAAGUCAAGGUGGAGAUUUGUUGAUAUGACUUGAAUCGGAUUAUCAGCCGCUACGACUGGUAAUCGGGGGUCUCGCUGUUAUUUGGGUUCGGGUUCUGGGCCUGGUCUGUAACCGCUUCCUUUGCCAGAUUGGAUUAGGUUUAGACCCACAUGGAGAAGUACUAUAAAUACUUCUCAUACUCCUCUGUAAUCUGUAAUCUCCUCGAUAUAGUGAAACUGGCUCUCUCUCGCCCGUGGACGUAGCUAACACACAUCGUGUUAGUGAACCACGUAAAUCGUGUGUCUGUGUUUUCGAUUCUCGCUUUCGCAUUCUUGCUUUGUCGAUUCCGGCUAUUUCCCGAUCCGUAGCAGCGUGUUUAUAACACAUACCAUGGAGAAAGUAGGCAAUCGUCGCUUCUCGGUCCUCCCUGGCAUCGGCACGCAUCAUUAGUAAUUCCACUUCUCAGAAGAAUUCCUCUGUGCUUCUUGCUUCCUGUCUCUCAUUAAUCCACGUAAUUCCUCCCACAUCGUUACCGAAUUUUGCAGGUUUUGCUAUCGGCGACGUUGUAGCUGUUUCCACCACUGGGCAGCAUAAUCCGUGAAUUCAAAAGUGGCCAUUGCCACUUUCUGGGCCUCACUGAAUUGGCCACACUGAAAGAAAACGAUGAUUUUCCUUUCCCAGUCGAGGUACGAUGAAGGGUUCAUCGUCCCCUAAAAUGACGGUACAGCCAGUUUGAUUCCCAGGGGUACUACAUCUCCACAUCGUGCUACCGAUCGCGUUGAUCGCGAUGUAGGCGAUCUUGAUGGGGCUCAGCGAUGACCAGACAUCACUCCAGAUCGGCAAUUCUAUUCAGCAACUCCAGAUCGCCAACUUCUUUAAUUUCCAUGUCAAACGCAUGUCCUGCCAUGACUGUCUACUUCUUCUUCUUCGUUGGUUCUGGAAACACAGAUGCAGGGUCGUCGGAAAAUGGCCCUUUCCUCCGUUCUGACCAUUGUUUUGAACCAGGCUCGUGAUGUCAGUUGAAAAUCCCCUAAGUAGGUCGUUUUGAAUCAGAGAAGCACACCAAGAUUCAAUCCAAAGAUUGAAUCGAAAACUCAGUCAGGAAGAACACAAAACAGAGUUUGUAUUCUUGUUUGGGAUGGUGAUCUCGUGCAACCUUCUCGUAGGGAAAGAGGCUCGAAAACUUAGAGUAGAUGCUUGGCCACGAACAGUGAGAAUAACUGAACCAUACAAGG